AUCAAACAAUGUACAUAUUUGACACAUUUGAUUCAACAUGGAACCAAAUUCUUCCUUUUAACGUUCCUGCGCAAAGAGCUUUUUAUUCAGUGAAUUUUAAGGAUGACAAAAUUUAUUACAUUGGUGGCAUUGUUGCAAACCUCAAAUAUCCUAUAUGUGUUGAUAUUCACGAGGUUUUGAUAUAUGAUACUCUCGAUACAAAUGAUCCAUGGACUAUAAGAAAAGCGACAAAUAAUUCAUAUAUAAAUAACCGUUAUCUUCACUCAGCCGUUCUAGCGUCCGAUAAUCAAAGCAUAAUUUUAUAUGGUGGAUCACUAUCGAAUGAGUCAGGCAUUCCGCGUGAUUAUUUGGUCACUUUGAAUUUGCAAACAUUUGAAUUUUCUGAGCUU